UUUUCUUGUUUCGAUGUUGGCGUGCUGCGCUGCUACAGCGGUGAAGAGUCACGUAAAUGAUGCGGAUGUGCCCCGCUAGCACCCACUACUACGUGCAGUAAGACACUCUUGUCAGCUGCGUGUGCAAUGGAAAACAUUACAGAAAUACUUGACGGACUUAAGCUCGGCGUUGGCGAAGAACAAAAGGUGGUCGAUGCCGAUUUAUGUCUUCGCCUGAAGUCUCUCCUGGCCCUCCUCGCAGCUGAUGAGCAACCUUCCAAGUCGGAAGCUAGCCGGCAGCAGCUGUGUGAGCGUCUCUUGAAGAGUGUAUUUGUAAGCUCCACAAAAGAUCUUCUGAAGUCUUCCUCGACCAUCAGUGAAGAAACUUUGACUCAUCUUGUUCAAGUGAUAGCUGAAGCGGCCAAAUAUGAGCCGCUGAGAAAACAGUUGACAGAUGGAGCAGUUGUGGAUCCACUCCUGGUACUUGUAUCUCAUAAAAACUAUGCAGUGGUGCUCCAAGCUUGCCGUGCUCUUGGAAAUAUCUGUUAUGAUAAUGAUGACGGCAGGGAUCUUGUUCGAGCUAAACAAGGUGUAGAGCAGCUGCUGCAGCUGCUGCAAAAUGUUCUUGAAGUUGACUCAGCACCAAAAGAUCUGCAUACUGUUGUUUCAGGAUGCCUCCUAAACUUGACGGAUAUGCAAGAAAUACAAGAAGAUGCCCUUCGUUUAGGUGUCAUUGAUAUUUUGCUCAAGUACCUCCAAAAGUAUUCAGAUGUUGAAGAUGUCGUCAUGCACUGCAUCUUGGUUCUCAACGGUAUUGCAGAUUCAGAUGAUGGUCGUAAACGGCUUACUGAAAAACAUACUCUGUCCCUUCUGCUUAGUAAUCUCGACAAAGUUUUCUCAGAAGAAGUGACUGAGGUUCUGCUCGAGUUGUUUGGAAACCUUGCUGAAAGUGAUGAAGUAAAAGAAGACCUUGUGGAACUGGGCUUUUGUGAGAAGCUCAUAGAAGUCUUGAAGAGAUUUCAGUCUGGGCCUGGAACUCCUUCAUCAGAAGAGAGACAGAGCGUAAUAAAAACCAUCUGCGACCUUACAGUCCUUGUCCUAACCGGAGAUGCUAGUAUGCGGCAUGUCUACCAGAAUGGUAGUGGGCCCAUCUACAAGGCCACGAUGGCAUGGCUCCAGGCAGAUGACGACAACCUUCGUGUGGCUGGAGCCCUGUCAGCCGGCAACUUUGCUCGCAAAGAUGAUCACUGCAUUCAGAUGGUCAGAGAUGGUGUUGCGAAGCGUCUGCUGGACCUUCUUACAGAGCACACAGGAACAGAUGGAGACAUCAGACUGCAGCAUGCCUUAUUGGCAGCAUUGCGGAACCUUGCCAUUCCAUUGGACAACAAGCCUCUACUCGCAGAACUUGGCGCUGUUGACAAGUUGUUGUCAAUGCUGGCCGUGGAGACAUUCCCUGUCGUCUUCAAGCUUCUUGGCACAUUACGCAUGCUAGUUGACAAACAAGAGCUUGUCGCUACAAAGUUGGGCCUGAAUGAGCAGCUGGUGAAGCAUCUUGUGACAUGGUGUAGCAUUGAAGACCACCCGGGUGUCAAAGGUGAAUCGGUACGGCUGCUCGCCUGGAUAGCAAAAAACAGUGCGUCACCUGAAGCAAAGGCAGUACUGUGCCGUCUGGGUGCAUUGCCUCACUGGGUGUCUAUGCUUUCCUCUGAGCACAGUCUCAUGCAGGCGGAAGGGCUUUUGGCUCUCACACUUUCCCUCACGCCACCACCAUCCAGUACUACUCUUGAAGAGCUGAAGAAGACUAAUCUUCUUUCUCUGCUGCGGUCGUUGCUCGAAUCACCAGAAGUAUCGCCUGAAGCUCUGCAGAACGCAGUUGCUUUCACUACUGCGCUAGCCAGCCUUGACUCUUUCAGGCCCCUUCUACAGGCUGAAGGCUAUGCAGCAAUCCUCACUGACCUAAAGGACCACAGUAACCAUCUGCUGUCAAAAUCUGCAGCACAGGCCCUGCAAAUCCUCGAAAAAAAGGCAUGAAGCGGCAGGCUUGAGCAGCAUUUGGGGCAUUACUGUGGCUGCAUUGGCAAAAACCAUUUCGUUGGCAUUUCUGUGUGCAGCAUACAUAAUUAAUGUUCAGGCCUUUGCAUGCACCUUUGGCAAAGAUAGGUGGUAUGCAGGACAAACGUGUUUUUUUCUCUAUUGAAGAUGAGUCAUUUUGUGAAAACUUUGGAGUGGCAACUCUACUUUCUUCAUGGCAUGACCGUUGCUUGAGAAAUAUUUAAAUGAAAUGUUGUUAAGAUCAUUCUUAUAAAUAUGCAGACUAUUCUUGCUCGAGGGAAAAAUACUAUCGUAAAAUAUUGAGCAUGUACUCUCUCCAAUUUUUUCUUUAAUUUCAAAUUUCUGCGUCUAUCCAGGAAAGUCCUACCCCUCCCUUUCUGCAUCCUGAUCAUGCAUGAUUUCCAGGCAACAUUUGCCUGCAUGAAUCCAGUCUAAUAUUUAAGCACCUGCACCUGGAAUUUGGAGUCUAUUGUGAUUCUUUUCUUAUUCACAUGAUGACUGCUCCUCAGACUUGAUGCAUGACACCCAUGACGAUUUUCAGUUGGCCGCAAGCAGAAGCAUGGCUUUCAAAAUCUCUAUUUGCAGUUGUAAGAUGGUAUCUAUAAUGCAUUUAGUUUGCAAAAGUAUCGUAUAAUGCGGAAUAUAGGUCGAGGGGGAAUAUAGGUCGACCCCCUUACCUUGACUAGCAAAAAAAGAAAGAAAAACGCGCAAUAGUUCACAGAUUCAGUCCUCCAAGCUGUCUGAGCUCUCCUCCGACGACGACUGCUUAUCGCUAGCCGCCUCCCAUAGCAUGUCGUCCUCAGUGCCGUCGAGAGCAUUGCUAAUGCAGCACUUCUUAAAUGCGCGCACCACCAUCUCUUCAGGCAGAGACCUCCAUGCCUCGGAGACCCAACCAGAAACUGUCGCGAGAGGUGGCCUGCGCAGCCGGCCUGUCGGCGUCCGCAGGUCGUUGCCAGCCAUCCAUUCGGUGUACAGCGCACGCACCCGGUCCUUGAAAGGUUUAUUAAGGACAAUGUCUAGCGGUUGGAGUGUUGACGUCAUCCCUCCCGGAAUGACGACAAGAUCCGUCUUUCCAUCGCGAAGGCUCUUCUUCACCGAUGCGGUCAAUUGCCCGCGAAUGCAUUUAACACGAGCAUGUUCCGGUGCUGCAGGAGUGCUCCGGGCUGCCGGUUCCACACCGUCCGGAUCCACUCGCGCAUUAGGACCUCGUCUAUAUACCCCUUCUCGUUGACACGGACGACGACAUCCCGUGGGAAGGGCUCCUUCGGCAUCGUCUUCUGCUUGAAGAUGAUGAAGGGUGGCAACUCUCUGCCAUCGGACGUGCAGGAAAGCAUAACGGUGAAGCGCGAAUGCUCGCUUCUGGUCAACAAAAGCUUCACCUCUUUUGCCCUGCAUUCGCAAACAGUCGUGGACGACGGCAUGUCGAACCACACCAACGUUUCGUCAGCGUUGCCAAUCUGGUCUAGCAUGUAGCCAUGCUGCCGCCGGAGGCUGUUCACGUAGAGUUGAAACUCUAUCAAUUUGUCCUCGUACGCCUCCGGCAGCUUCUGGCAUACCGACGUGCGCCGUCGAAGGGCAAAUCGCUUGCGUCGCAUGAAGCGACGAACCCAAUAAACGAAUCUCUUGAAGUCUUUCUUUGAUAGACUGGCUUCACGGGCGAGCUCGACGGCUUUUGAUCGAAUGAGCUCCGCAUUCACCGGCAGGGAUCUGGCACGGUACUCGCGGACGAAAUCCGCCACUUUGUCUUCGAGUUCCAGGGGCACAGCUCGGCGACCGCGAAACGUCUUCCUCACGUUACACACUGACAGUUUGGAUUUUUGGUUGCGCCAGUACCUAACGCUUUUCUCAGACACACCAAACUGUCGCUGUGUCGCCAUGUUGCCAUUCGCCUCCGUGAAUUCAAUAACUUUUCUUUUAAACGCGGCGGUUAACUGGUGCCGCGUCCCCGUAUUCAUGGCUAGUCGCAGAGUAACGUCGACACUCGCUACGAACCACCCAUGCUACAAACACUAAAUCAACAAGAAAAAAAGAAAUAGCUCCGGCCCAAAGAGGCCAUGUUGAUGCUGAUGCCAACGUUACUAGGUUCUUCUUCAGUUGGCAAACUCUGCUGGGAUGAGGCGGUGAAACGUGGGCCCUUUCGUUUACCGCUCCCUAGGUGGCGCUUCCGAUCCCGUUUGACAGGUCGCUGCGACGUAAUGGAUCAUAUGCACAGUGUUAAACGGAGUUCUUGCGGUUAAUUUGGCGUUGCGGGAGUUAUUUUCUGUGAUAGUGCACUAAGGUUAUUAUGAGUGGGCAAUUAAAGCACAAGUUGUGCGGCUAAUGCGGUGCCACAUGGCGGAGAUGCGACUGCUAUGCCUGAAUCUUGCUGGCUUUGUGUUAAUUUAGCCGUAUUGCGUUUUUGUUAUUUAAAAUUGAACUGUAUAUAUUAAAUAACCGUUGCAGUGGGCUUAAGGGUAAAUACUGGAGGACUAUGCACUUGGAUUCAGGUGCAUGUUAGAGAAACCACAGGUUGCCAAAUUUUUCAAAGCUCUUCACGGUGUGCCUCGUAAUCGUAUAACCUUAGUUAUUGUUAUAUGAUGAGGCACACACCACAUUCACCGGAUGCUGCUGGAGAUAUUAAAAGUGUAAAACCUAGAAUAAUUUGUUCGUUACAGAUAACUCAAAUUUACGAUCCGAACUAUUUCUGUUUUUUUUCAAGGAAAGAUAGCACACGAAUUCAAUAAAUGCAUGUCCCUUAUAAGGCUAUAAAAUGCAAAAUACAAUGAGUUCAGCAAAGUCUUAUUGAACGAAAACAAUUUAUUGAAUGCUGCAACAAACUGGAAGUCACUUUUGUUCACGCAGUAUCAAAACUACUUCACUGUGAACAUUGUGCACGUAGUCAAGAUAUCGUCCUCCUGGAAGUGGAGGUCGCACACAGCACAAGAUCUUGAUAGUUCGUUAUCCAAUCUCGGUAUUGCUCGUUGCCACUGUUGAAGACCCACCUCAUCAACACGUGGCUUGAAAAAGUGCCUUUUUUCGGUCGCAUAUUACGUUGAGUCGAAGCCGCUUCGGCAGCCAGUGACAAAGCAGCGAGGCAUGUUUUAUAACAUCAAAAAACAGUCGCACGUUGCAUGAGAGCUAUGCAGCUAACAACCAGCACGAUAAUACAACAGAGCUGACAGCAAGUUAGACACAUUGUCAAUUGUCACCAUGAUAUCGCAGUAAGCAGCAGUGGGAGUACGAACUGUGAGAGUGUCGUCGAGCUCGCUGAGACACACAAUGAUAGCGAUUGCCACGGAACACACUUGCACUAUACUUGCAGGCUACGAAGAAACACUUACUGUUUCGCUUCGCCGGCGUGGUCGGUGACGUGCGCCUAACCGCCAUGAUCCUCGUCAGACCAGUCAAAAAACGAAGAGUGCGCCCCCUCGUGGUGGUACAUAGAAGGGUGACACCUGCGGCGGCGCAGUUUGCUGAGAGAAGAAUCUAGUAACGUUGGCUGAUGACCAAAAAGCAUGUGGCACUUCUUGUUGCCAGACGAUCUUUUGGUUUAUGCCAAGGGCCGGUAUAUAGGUCGAGGGGUGACUUUUCAUUGACAUUUUUUGGAAAAAAUCUCGACCUAUAUUCCGCACUAUACGGUAAGGCCUUCAACCUAUGUGUUUGUUGUGUAGAGCUGUUGCAUUGGUAUGGGCUCAUUAUCAAGGGUGCUUCCAGGUCAUGCCACCGAUAGUAUCAUCGUGUUGCCUGUGUUUUUCUUGUGCUUGUAAGUCGUUCUCAUAUUGUGCCAUGCCACGAGCAGAAACCAGAAGACUUCUGAGGAGGUGCACGUGCACUCCACUUUUUUCUGGCGGGAAAAUGUUACUGCCACCAUCUUAAAGCGACACUAAAAAGCAAAAUGCUUUUUCACAUAUUAGUAAAGUACAA